AUGUCGGCAACUUCAUCAAUCGACGGUCCAAAGCGCACCAUACGUCGCAACGACGAGACAACAAAAUUCUGGGCUAAGAUCAAGCGUUACCACAACGACCACAACCUCUCCACGGACUCCGAUAGGAUUCAGGCCGUCCUCACCUUCCUUGUCAACAAGUUCAACGACGAGCUCCGUCUCACCUCCAGGGUCAAGCGAGACCUUCUUGCCGAGUUGGAAACUCUUGUUGCUGAGGGCUUUUGUAUCAUUAACGAGGCCGAGGACAACCAGCGCUCUGCUCGUGAACACGGCGUUACUAGGUACCUUGAUCGUGUCCAAACCGUUCUCGAGAGCCGCCACCAUUAG